AUGAUGCACAAAUUCAUCAUCCUCUUGACGGCCUUCCCGGCUGGCCUUCUCAUUCUUCUGCUCUACUCAAGAAUGAGCACGUCAGUGGAACAAGCCUCUCCUCCACCCCCGCCCUUUCAGCACGUCUCGAGACACACGCACGACAAGGACCUCGAUGCGAGGUUAUCGAGAGCCGAGGCUAUAUGGAGGCAAGCGGCCCAAGAUCGCAAGGUCAUGGCCGAGCAGAUGGGCUACAACCGAAAGUUUCCCGAUGGCUACAUCAAUCCUUACCAUGUUUGGGACUUUGCCCGACCGAGCUUCUCCUGUCCUCAUGAACUGGAGAGGGUCGGCAAGCUGGGAGACGGUGGUAAAGUAGUGUGCGGGAUGAGUCGUUACGAGAAGGAAAGCCCAGGGCCUUCGGUGGUCGAUAAUCCAAACAGGGAGCUUGUCAUCUACUCUUUUGGCGUGAGUAGGGAUUCCACUUUUGAGGCCGCGAUGCUACGGCGUACGAACGCGCGCAUCUGGGGUUAUGACUACAGCGUCAACCAUUGGGGUGAGGGCAUCCCGAAUGAAGGCCAUUCGAGAGCAAACUUCACCAAGAUGGGCAUCGGCAAAACCACUCACCUGGAUUGGAAACCCCCCAUGUCUACAAUUCACGACCUCAUGAAGUUCAAUGGUCACACCUUUAUCGAUAUUGUCAAGAUGGAUAUCGAGGGUGCAGAGUUCGACGCUCUAGCAUCUGUGAUCCAGUCUGUCCUCGAGGGGGGCUUGCAGCAUGGCAAUGCAUCGCUUCCUUUCGGGCAGCUACUCCUCGAGGUGCACUUUAUGAAAGAGCCGAAAGGAUUCAGCAUUCCACAGGAUCCAUCGUCGUGGCUGACAUGGUGGGCAUCGUUGGAGAAGAUGGGCCUGAGGCCAGUAAACAACGAGGAUAAUUGGAUUGGGGAUGCGGUGCAUGGGAAGCCGAGAUUCAUGGAGUACACAUUGAUUAACGUCUUUGAGAGGGACAGAAACAUGCUGCUCUGGUAG